AUGGCGCCGCCAAAUGGCUCUGUCAAGAGCCGCAAGGCUGUCACUCCCAAGCCAAAGCCGAAGCCCGUGGUGCCUGCGUUGCCUCUAAAGCGGAAACCAGCAUCUGUCACCGUUGUAACAACGGACAGCGUUUUCACGGCUCAUGGUGCCAGGGCAAAUGCUGCCGUUUCUGAGACGUCCCAGUCUAAAUCGCAGACUAAUGGUGCGGUGCCGAAACACAUGGCCGGGAAUGACACGGCAGCCGCAGUUCUGGAUUCACAGCGCACGGCUGAGUCACUGCCACGGUCUGAGGGUUUAGCCAACGGAGGCACUAGCACAAACGGACAGGCCACAGUUGAGGCUGCUAUACCCGAGCCCCAGGCUGGGCGCAAGGCGACGACUGACGUCAAUCAAGAGACCGACUCAGCUAAGAAGUCAAAUGGAGCUACGAGCGGUGCGCAGACAGCCGCCAGUGUCUCCCCGACUGAUCUGACCUCGGCUGAGCAAACGCCGCAGCCAGCCAAAGAUCCCAAUGUUGCGUCCAAGAAUGAGCCAACGCAAAAGCCAGUCCAACAUCAUGCUGUCAAAGCGGUCAAGGGUCAACCACCCCCGGGCAUGUCGCCGUCUCGCUAUCAGAUGCCCCCCCCAUUUCAGCCCGCCAGUCGACCAUAUGCCGUCGUGAACAAUGGGGACAUCUCACGUGGCCCGCCGGUUCCUCUGCCCAGUGGGCCUGUUCAUAUGCACCACUCGCAUCCCAGCAAUAGCAGCAUUCACUUUGGCACGUUCCCGGCGUCGCAAAGCCCGUCUCCAGUGCCUCCUCACACUGGGGACAUGGUCCCUCCACCCGGCAUGACGACGGCUGAUGCUCGUCCGGCAUAUAUCGGUCCGGCAGGGAGCGGCUUCCCACCCAUGAUGCCCCCUUACGGUGCAGAGAUGAUGCAGCCCGGAAAUUUCGACAAUUACGGGCGACCCGGCAUGGCUUACGGCCCCAUGGAGACAUUUUCACCGUAUGGAAACAAUUUUGGGCCCUCGACGCCCCAUAGCUUCCAUGGCUCCCAGUCCUCUGGUCACCCCGAGGAUGGUGGCAUACAUCACCAAUACCCACCCGCCAACGGGCAUCGCAACGGGGCUACUGGACCUGGGGAAUCUGAUGGACAUGUCCAUAAUUACCAAGGCAGAAUUUUCGGUCACCCAGAGUAUUCGGCAAUGAUGCCGAGAACCGGCCUUCCGCAUCAGGGGCCUGCUCUUGAUGACGGCGGCGAUGGAUUCCUCGGUUUCAUUCAACAGCAGUUCGGCAGCGCCGAGCUAGCUGAUUGCACGCUGGAGCUCAGAUAUGUAGACGACAGGGCUGCUCCUGUUCGCAUUCCAGGACACCGAUUGAUCUUUGCCCGCAGCGUCACUCUCGCUGAGCAAGUGAAGAGCCAAAUGUAUCAAGUGUCUGACCGGGGGAUGCAAAACUUGCUACUAGAGACGGGGAGUAGAUGGAUUCGAUCCGACUCCUUUUACAUGGCUGUCCAGAGACUUUACGGACACCCGCUCCUCUCUAUUCCGCCUCGAAACCGCGCAGAGUCAGCCGAUGUCAUCGAUGCCGGCACGGCCAGCGAACAGCUUGACUUUGCCUUGUCUUACGCUGCGGCAGGCCACUUAUUGGGAUGGCCACCUGUCGCUCGUAGAGGUUGCGAAGUGGCAACUCAGUUGCUGAGCUGGCAGACGCUUGAGAGGGUCAUCGAAUUUGCUCUUGAUGGGUCUUCUGACAAUGGCUCCCAUGUGUCUUACAAGUACGGGGAAGGGUCCAAGGUCCUCCUUGGUGCAGUGGUGACUUUCAUCGUUCAUAAUCUGCCUCCCACGUUUAGCCUUGACACAGCAGCAGGACACCCGGGACAGUAUGCUCGCCUACCGGAAUGCCCUCCGCCCUCACCAGCCAGUAAGAAACGUGCGCCGGUGGUUGCGAAAGGAUCCUCGGUGCACCUCGGAAUGGGUCGGCGCCCUCAACAGCUUACAGGAAUACAGUUUGGCGACCUAUGUCUGGCAGAGGAAACUGGCGGGGGGUCGGACUCGGUGACCCCCAAGGCGGCGCAGCAAGCUCAACCCGUGCCACAAGUGGUGUUGUCUCGAGCCCUGAUCAAUCUUCCGUUCUCUCAACUUAAGAUGAUUCUAGAAUCGGCAGGGUCUGGAAACGUAAACGGAUGGGCGAACGCGGAGUCACGCUACCGCAUCAUUCGGAGUGCCGUGCAAGAGCGGGAGGCGCGACGACAUCGCACUCUUGAGGCCGUCCUGCGAGGAGGUCUUCAAAGCUCCAUCUCGCUUCGUUCUGCAUUGUGCAAUCCCGCUCCACAGGAUAUGGGCCGGUGGAGUCCUCUUGGCUGGCAGGAGGAGGUUCUCCCGUAUGGUAAUGCCGACGGACCAUCUCUCGGACGCAAGUGGGUUCCCUCGGUAGAACCGCAGAGGACUUCUGAAGCUGCUUAUCCUUGA